UCAGAGGAACAAAUAAAGGGAGAGCAGACCCAAGCUCUGGUGAACUUUGAACUUACUUGAAUGUGAAGCUGAUUAGCUACAAUAGAGAGAACCACCACCACCGCCUAAACAUUCUGGAAUUCGGCACAGUAAGCUCCUGGAUCUCAGUCCUGUGGUGCACAUGCAUCUUUACCUGUAUCCUUGUGAGAGAUGUAAACAGCUUCAAGUUGUAUCCUUCCCAGAAGUGCAGGGCUGUUGCUCCACUGAAUAAUGCUGCUGAGUUGACAGAUGACACAGAAGAUGUCCCAGGUCUGGACCCCUGGGUUUUCCCCAGGUAUCAGGUCACUCACUCCUCCUCACAGAUAAUUGCUUACCAUAAUCGUCUAAAAGAACUACAUCUUCCAUGACUAGAUUUACAGGUACAACCACUUAAAAAAAAAAAAAAAAGUAUUCACACAGUGAGGUAAAUAUGUGGGUUUAUUGCAGCCAAGCCACUCCUUUCCAUGCUCAUUCCUUCUCAGACAUCUGCUCCUGGAUGUUAAAACCCUGAGCACCUUUGGCAGGGGAACUGAACUCUGAAAUCUGCAGCACCUGUAACAGAGGAGCAAUAUUUGGGAAGAAUUUGUUUCCCAAGGAAAAGCAGCAGCUUCAACUUGUGUCCCAUGGGAGACAAGUGAAUCUGAAGUUAUAUAUUAUAUAAGACGUAGGGGAUGACAGCAGUUUAUCAUUAACCUGAACUCUGCAAGAAGCACAUAAGGAGAUAAAGAAGAAGAAAGCCAGAGAAACAGCCAGGAUGGAACCCAACAUAAGGAUCAACAAUCCUGCAGACAUCUCUGUUAUUGUCAUCUAUUUUGUGGUAGUCCUGGCAGUGGGACUAUGGGCUAUGUACUCAACCAACCGUGGGACAGUAGGUGGAUUCUUCCUGGCUGGACGAAGCAUGGUUUGGUGGCCGAUUGGUGCUUCUCUGUUUGCCAGUAACAUUGGCAGUGGACAUUUUGUGGGAAUAGCAGGAACAGCAGCAGCUGGAGGAAUUGCCAUUGGAGGAUAUGAAUGGAAUGCUCUGAUAUUUGUGGUUGUUCUAGGAUGGCUGUUUGUGCCCAUCUACAUCAAAGCUGGGGUGGUGACAAUGCCAGAGUAUCUGAAGAAGCGUUUUGGUGGGAAACGGAUUCAGGUCUACCUGUCAGUCCUUUCUCUGAUCCUGUAUGUUUUCACAAAGAUCUCAGCAGACAUAUUCUCUGGAGCUGUAUUUAUACAGCUGGCCAUAGGGCUGAAUCUUUAUUUGGCCAUAAUCAUCCUGCUUGCUAUUACUGCUCUUUACACCAUCACGGGUGGCCUUGCAGCUGUGAUUUACACUGACACCUUACAAACAUUUAUCAUGGUAGUGGGAUCCUUUAUUCUCAUGGGAUUUGCAUUUGUUGAAGUAGGGGGGUAUGAUGCUUUCAUGAAGAAGUACAUGGAAUCAAUUCCAUCCAAUAUCUCCUAUGGGAAUAUUACAAUUAAUUCAGAAUGCUACACUCCUCGGCAGGAUGCCUUUCACAUCUUCCGAGAUGCCGUCACUGGAGAUUUGCCAUGGCCAGGGCUCGUCUUUGGUUUGAGCAUCAUUGCUUUGUGGUACUGGUGCACCGAUCAGGUUAUUGUCCAAAGAUGUCUCUCUGGCAAGAACAUGUCCCAUGUGAAGGCUGGUUGUAUCAUGUGUGGCUACCUGAAACUCUUGCCCAUGUUUAUUAUAGUGAUGCCUGGAAUGAUCAGCCGAAUUUUGUAUACAGAUGUGGUGGCUUGUGUUGUGCCUGAAGUCUGUCAGCAGUACUGUGGCACUGCAGUUGGCUGUACAAAUAUUGCUUAUCCAAAACUAGUAGUAGAGCUUAUGCCAGAUGGUCUGCGGGGUCUGAUGUUGUCAGUCAUGUUGGCCUCCCUUAUGAGCUCCCUGACUUCCAUUUUUAACAGUGCUAGUACUUUGUUCACUAUGGACAUUUACACCAAAAUUCGGUCGCGACCAUCUGAGAAGGAGCUCAUGUUAGCUGGAAGGGCAUUUAUGUUACUUUUAAUUGGCAUCAGCAUUGCCUGGGUUCCUGUGGUGCAGUCAGCUCAAAGUGGGCAGCUCUUCGAUUAUAUUCAGUCAGUUACUAGCUACCUGGGACCUCCCAUUGCUGCUGUCUUCCUGCUUGCCGUCUUCUGCAAGCGGGUCAAUGAGGAGGGUGCCUUCUGGGGCCUGAUGGUUGGGCUGCUAGCUGGACUCAGUAGGAUGAUUGCAGAGUUUGCCUAUGGAACUGGCAGCUGUGUGAACCCUUCCAACUGCCCAUUCAUCAUCUGUGGGAUUCACUACCUUUAUUUUGCGAUGAUUCUUUUUGGGGUUUCCGCCAUCGUCAUCCUGGGAGUCUCCUUCAUGACUAAGCCCAUUCCUGAUGUACAUCUUUACCGCUUGUGCUGGUCUUUGCGGAACAGCAAAGAAGAACGUAUUGAUCUUGAUGCAGAUGAGGAGCAGGACAAAGCUGAUGAAAAAGAUGAGGAAUCAGUUAAUGAGGAAAGUGAAGAAGAACCGGGAUGCUUUAGGAAAGCGUACAACUGGUUCUGUGGCUUAGAUCAACAAAAAGGACCCAAACUGAGCAAGGAGGAAGAAGAAGCACUGAAGAAGAAAUUGACAGACACAAGCGAAGUGCCACUUUGGAGAAAUGUUGUGAAUAUCAAUGGCAUCAUCCUGUUGGCUGUGGCUGUAUUUUGCCAUGCCUUCUUUGCAUAAACCUCUGAUUACAUUUCUGAAAUUGUACUGUAUUGUCAAGCAAACCCAAUGAUGGGUAGAUUUACAGUUAGAUACACUUAGUAUUUUCAUUGUCUACAUUUGGAAAAAAAUCAGGGUGAUUUUCUCGCUGAUUUUGUGACCAUAAUUUCAACAAUUUAAAGAUGAAGGCUACUGGGAUUUCAAGAGAGAGAAUUUGUGUUUAGAUGUUGAAUCAAUCCGGGGAUAAUUGAAGUUCAGGAUUUCCAUCCAAUAGUCUCUCUACUUGUGAUACAUUUCAUAUUUUAGGUUCAGAACAAGGCUGCAUGAGCCGUAUUUCAUACCAGGGUUUGUGAACUACCUUUUAGGGUUGAUGAUACUAGUUUGAUUUUUAACCCUUCUUCUUCUCUUCAUUCAAAUUCCUUUUUCCUUUGGAUACGAUAAUUUGAUUACAAAACCCCCACAACAACUGAGGGAUCAUAUGAAUGCAAAUUAAAAAAUCACUUUUGUUCCCUCCAAGCAUGAGGUAUCUUACGUAAAGGAUUUAUGUAUAUUUGAUGUAUUUGACACUAUAUCUAACUUAACAUUAUCACUUUUUUCCCCUUUUCCUCGCUUUUCAUUGGAUUGUGUUUCUCAGUAAUCAGCAGAACACUAACCAUCUCAGUUGAUUGCAUUUUGAAAUUAGGGAAAACUUGUCUCAAUGAUCCUAAUAAGAAUUCUGCUUACGAUAGGUUCUCUGUUUAAGGUUAACUUUAAAAGGUCCCCCUCUCUUUAUAUUUUAAUAUGUAUCGUUACUUGAAUGUGAAGCUUUUUUAUACAAAACACAUAUAUUAUAUAUACACACGCAAUAGAUUAUAUAUAUGCACUAUAUAUAUUAUAUAUAUUUGAAAUACAUAUGUAUGUGUGUGUGUAUAUAUAUUUAUUUCUUACUGAUCAAUUCCCAUCUUGGUAUGUCAAAGUGAAUGUCUGCACGCAGUUACUAGGACCUCUUUCUUCCUGGUGGGGUUGGUGUCAAUGUAUCGCCUACGGACUGUACUACAGAACAAUCCACGCACAUGGUUAGAAGUUCAAAGCAUCGGAAUGCCGGGUGUGCAUUUUUCUUUCAAGCACAUUUGAGGGCUCUGUACUGCUUUUCUGCAAAGCUGUCAUCUUUCUUCUGAGGAUUUAAUUGUGAAAUGGAAUUCAUGCUGUGUGACAGUAUGAGUUAACAGUUCAUGAAGGAGAAUAGUCACAGCUGUGGGAUAUCAGCUAAACCAGUCUGAUUGUCUCCACUUGGUAAGUUUGAUACCAGCUGGAGAUACUGGAAAAGAUAGAUUUAACACUUCAAAGCAAAAAGCAAUAGACCUUCUUAUCAUGUAAUUCAGCUUCCUGGGGAACCAAGACACUGCUGUAGUUGAGCUGCACCACAAUUCCUUGUUCCUGUUGCACACCUAUCAUGGGAUGCUGCGUUGUCUCAAAGCAUUUCAGUGCAACUCUACACCAAGAUGCACCAGACUUGCAAUAAGUGCAUUGAAGUACAAAGCCUGUGUAGUCCCUCUGUGUGUGCUACGCCACGCUGCUGCUAGCUCCUGCAGCUUUAAUCACUCACUGCAUCAUUUUCUGACAGUACCUUUUCUUCAUUUGGAUCUAAACCAGAACGCUCUGGAUUCUAGUAGAAUUGCUGCUCUUCAGUGUAAUCCCUGCAGUAUACUGAAAGGUUUUGCUUAGGCCAAAUCAAUACGUAUAAAUACCAGUGCAAAAAUUUUUCUUACAGUGAAAAGAGUGUUUUAAAGACCAUGGUAUUAAUUAUAUUUAAUGGGCUAUGAA